AUUUUGUUGGACCUUCUCGUGAUCGACGCUACUCGAGCACUAUUCGUUUGUAAGCGUGAUGGCGGCAAAGCGUAAAGGAGCUAGGAAGGUAGUCGAAGAGCAAGUUUCUUUGGGUCCUCAAGUUGCAGAAGGCGAAUUCGUAUUCGGAGUUUGCCACAUCUAUGCAUCAUUCAACGAUACAUUUGUUCACGUAACGGAUGCGACAGGUGCUGAAACCAUCGUUCGUGUCACGGGUGGCAUGAAAGUUAAAGCCGAUCGCGAUGAAUCUAGUCCAUAUGCUGCUAUGCUUGCAGCUCAAGAUGUCGCAGAGAAAUGCAAAACAUUGGGUAUAAACGCCCUACAUAUCCGUAUCCGAGCAACUGGUGGAACAAAGGUCCGCACCCCAAGUCCUGCUGCACAGUCUGCUCUACGAGCCCUCGCACGUUCGGGAAUGCGCAUUGGCCGCAUAGAAGAUGUCACACCCAUUCCAACAGAUAGCACGCGACGCAAAGGAGGCCGUCGAGGUCGCCGUUUGUAAUAGCUCACAUGUUGAAUACAUUAUGGUUUGAUUUGAUUA